CAACAUGCCCACCAUCUCUUUCCACCACCCCUACCUUUUUUUUUCUUCUUUCUUCUUCCCCUUCUCUCUCCAGAAUAUUUUGGAAUUCAUUGUCAACUCAGUCAGAGAAUUCAGUGCUUUCUGGGGUCUGAAUAAUGGUGAAAGAGACCGAGUUUUAUGAUAUUUUGGGUGUUAGUCCCUCUGCUUCUGAGGAAGAGAUUCGAAAGGCUUACUAUCUUAAGGCAAGGCAAGUUCACCCUGAUAAAAAUCCGAAUGAUCCUCAGGCUGCUGAAAGAUUUCAGGUAUUAGGGGAAGCUUAUCAGGUUUUGAGUGAUCCAGUACAAAGAGAUGAAUAUGAUCGAAAUGGGAAGUAUUGCAUAUCCAGGGAAACGAUGCUUGACCCCACUGCGGUCUUUGCGCUUCUUUUUGGAAGUGAACUUUUUGAAGACUACAUAGGACAUCUAUCUAUGGCAUCAAUGGCUUCUUGUGAAAUAGAAAGUGACAACCCUGAUAAGUUACAUGAGAGGUUGAAGGCUGUCCAGAAAGAAAGAGAAGAAAAGCUUGCUAGAACACUGAAAGUUUUUCUUCACCAAUACAUUCGAGGUGACAAAGAAGGAUUCAUAGAUCACGCUGAAUCUGAAGCAGCACGGCUUUCACAUGCAGCUUUUGGGGCUGAUAUUUUACAUACCAUCGGCUACAUAUACGCGAGACAAGCAGCACAAGAGCUUGGCAAAAAAGCCAUUUAUCUAGGGGUGCCAUUUUUGGCUGAAUGGGUGCGCAAUAAAGGACAUAUAUGGAAAUCACAAGUUACUGCAGCAAAAGGGGCUUUUCAGUUGCUGCAACUUCAAGAAGAUGUCCGCCGUCAAUUUAAAAUGGAUGGUAGUGGUCCUGAAAACGAUCUCGAAUCACAUCUAAGGUUAAACAAGGAUACACUGAUGAACUCAUUAUGGAAAUUGAAUGUAGUGGACAUUGAAGCAACCCUUCUACAUGUGUGUCAAAUGGUGCUACAAGAAAACAAUGUUAAGAAGGAAGAACUCAAAGCACGCGCUGUAGCUCUGAAAAUCCUAGGAAAAGUAUUUCAGAGGGAAAAGUAUCAACGAAGUGGUGGAACAUCAAAGAAGAAAAUUGCUUCGGAUAUGAAUGAAGAUGGCAACAGUUCUGAUAGCAGCGAUGAAGAGGAUUUGCCUAGAACACUCAACUAUCGAACUCCUCUACUUACACAGGGCAUUGGUAGACUCUUCAGGUGUCUCUGUAAUCCUGAAGUCGAUGAUGAAGAGAUUGUGUAUAGAAGCAAAUGAAACGUGGGAAACAUAUAGCAAGGAUAGACAUUUGGCUUAUUAGCUUUGAGCUUUUUUUGAGAUUGAAUGUAACAAAAGGCAUUUUGCUCAAAACCAAAGAUCCUGUUGUAAGAAUACAGAAAGGCACAAGCUUGUUUAUGUAUAAAUGCUGGAAACCUUCCUUUGCAACGAUAUUGUUUGAAUGACAAAACGCUUUUAAGUAC